GUUCGAAGAGUACAGGUGCGUGCGCAUUCCUUGUCAAUAUUAAGAAUUUCGCGUGUAGAGCGUUGACCUACGAAGCAAUCGCACUAAACUGUAGAAAGAUGCAGAAGAAAUGGCAUGGAAACAAAAACAAAGCAUAAAGUUACAAAUAAAACAAACCGAAAGAAUCUCAAAAGCCUCAGUUGUAACGCGUCGCACGCAGUCGCACCAAAGACGGCAAGUUGGUUGGACGUGUCAAAAUUCGGGUGCAGAAAAGGAACCGAAUAAUAUAUAAAGUAAUAAGAAAGUGAGUCGUUAAGGAUUGGGAAGAAAAUUUAAAUUUAAAUUUUAAAAUUCAAAGCGCGUAAAUCGCGUUUAGGCGCUGCGACAAGUUGGACACAUAUUUAAUUAUUAAAACUGCAUAGAGUUUAGACCUUAACGGUUAUCGGAGUAUUGCGUCGUAACAAUAUUUAACACCUACAGCUUACAAAAUGAACGAGGUCUGCUAUUGGUUGUUGAGAUUUUUAAUUUUAGCGGCAGUGCUGAUUGCAUCAAGUUGCGCGCAAUCUACGCAGACGCAGCAUUUGCAACAAGUGUUUGGCAUAGGCUUGGAAAAUAUAAUUUUAUCUUCGCUCUACAAAGACGCGCCGCGUCAAAAUGUCAGCUACGACUUCAUUAUAGUUGGCGCCGGGCCAGCAGGUUGUGUGCUCGCCAAUCGUCUGUCCGAAAAUCCCAACUGGACGGUAUACUUGAUUGAAGCGGGCGGCGUAGAGGGCAUAUUUCAUCAGAUGCCUGUACUCGCCGCGUUUUUGCAAGGCACACACUCAAAUUGGGGUUACAAGUCGACGCCGCAGAAACGCGCCUGCUUUGGCAUGAAUAACAACGAGUGCUUCUUGCCACGCGGAAAGGUUUUGGGUGGCACCAGCUCCAUCAACUAUAUGAUUUACAACCGAGGCAAUAAACGCGACUUUGAUCGCUGGGCUGCUGCCGGCAAUAAAGGUUGGUCAUAUGCGGAAGUCUUGCCGUACUUUCUUAAAUCGGAAGCCGCUGAUCUGGCUGGUUUGGAGGACUCACCAUAUCACAAUCAAACAGGACCGCUGAGCGUAGAGGACGUGCAGUAUCGCACACCAGCAGUGCAUGCAUACUUGAAGGGCGCGCAGCAAGCUGGACAUCCACGCACAGACUACAAUGGUGAGUCGCAAAUAGGUGCCGCUUAUGUGCAAGCCAACACACUGCGCGGUAGACGUCAUAGCGCAUAUCGCGCUUAUAUUGAGCCGAUACGUUACCAAAGAAAAAAUUUACAUAUUGUGACAAUGACGCGCGUAACGCGUGUGCUGAUAGAUUCCGUUACAAAACGUGCAACCGGUGUGGAGCUUAUGUAUCGCAAUAAAUACUAUAAAGUGCGCGCACGCAAAGAGGUCAUACUCUCAGCAGGUGCCUUCAAUUCACCACAACUUUUGAUGUUAUCCGGCGUAGGACCUGCAGACAAUCUGAAAGCAAUCGGUGUGCCAAUGGUGCAGGAACUACCGGUGGGCAAACUACUCUAUGAUCACAUGUGUCACUUUGGACCCACAUUUACGAUCAAUACUGAUAGACAACUACUAAACAUAGCGCAUCUAAAUUCCACUGUGGUAAAGUCAUUUCUGCUGGGCAAUCCCGCCACCAUGUUAUCUUCUAUUGGCGGCGUAGAGGCGCUCACAUUUUUCAAGGUACCCAGCUCCAAGGAACCCGCAGAUAUGCCAGAUAUGGAGAUCAUCACAGUAGCCGGUAGCUUGGCCACCGAUCAGGGCACUGCCCUCAAACAGGGAGCAAACUUCAAAGACGAGCUCUACGACAAAGUUUAUCGUCCACUGCAAGUCUCACGACAGGAUCAUUUCAGUUUUCUUAUCAUGCAGUUCCAUCCGAAAUCUGUCGGCCGUCUGUGGCUACACAACCGUAAUCCAUUCGAAUGGCCGCGCAUAAACCCUAAAUACUUUCACAAUGAGGCCGAUGUACAGUUCAUGUUGGAAGGCAUUAAAGAGGCCAUACGCAUCACUCAAACACCAGCGAUGCAAGCGUUGGGCACACGAAUACACGAUAUACCGUUACCCGGUUGCGAGCAACACAACUUCGGCACAGACGACUACUGGCGCUGCUCCAUACGAACGCUGUCCUACACCCUGCAUCACCAAGUGGCCACAUGUAGGAUGGGCCCUGAAAGUGAUCCCAGCACUGUUGUCAAUGCUGAGUUGAAAGUGCACGGCAUAAAGCAUUUGCGUGUAGUCGACACCAGCAUCAUACCUUUCCCGCCUACGGCGCACACUAACGCGGCGUCGUAUAUGAUCGGAGAGAAAGCAGCCGACAUGAUACGUGGAGACUGGCAAUGAAUAGGAGAGAAAGAGUAAAAGUAUGUUCUAGCUAAUAGGCUCGUAUAGUAAUUUGUAACUUUAAUUGACGUGAAGUCUUAAUAAAAGAUUUAGGUUAAGUAUCAUCCAAUUUGUUGGGGCAAGAACAAAGUGAAACAUAGUGAAUUAGAUAUGUAAAUAUUAAAAGCGAAAAAAUCAAUAAAAUAUACGAUAACAGGUAUUUGAAUUCCAAAUAAUGAAUCGUAAAAGAAACCAGAACUGAAACGCAAACAAGCCUUUGGGCGCCAUCAACAGACGGUUAUAUGCGUACAAGUAUGUUAA